AUGAACGGCGUCAAUGGAGCGGCACGGGCGAAGCGGAAACAACAUCCAAGUUCUGUCGACGAACGUCCUCAGAAGCAGCACAGAGCAAUCAAUGGCAAAGAUUCGGCAGGUCAGAACACACCUGAAGUCGGCAUGAGGUACGAAGACGAAGAAAUCGAGGAGGAGACUAGGAUCAUUCCGGGCAUGGCAGACACAGCAGAGUGGCAAGCUUGUAUUGAGAAUGUAGUUCGGAACGUGGUCUCCAUUCGUUUCUGCCAAACCUGCUCCUUUGAUACAGAUCCAGCUUUGACCAGUGAAGCAACCGGCUUUGUGGUGGAUGCGGAAAGAGGAUAUAUCAUGACAAAUCGGCAUGUGGUGGGAUCUGGACCCUUCUGGGGAUACUGCAUAUUCGAUAAUCACGAGGAAGUCGAUGCCUACCCUGUCUACCGCGAUCCCGUUCACGACUUCGGUAUCCUUCGAUUCGAUCCUAAAGCUAUCAAGUACAUGCCAGUGGCUGCGUUAACACUGAGACCAGACCUCGCCAAAGUUGGUGCCGAGAUCCGAGUGGUGGGUAAUGAUGCUGGAGAGAAGCUCAGUAUUCUUUCGGGGGUUAUCAGCCGACUAGACAGGAACGCUCCGGAAUACGGCGACGGUUACUGUGAUUUCAAUACGAACUACAUUCAAGCUGCGGCCGCGGCAAGCGGAGGAAGCUCUGGUAGUCCAGUCGUGAACAUUGAUGGUUAUGCGGUUGCACUGCAAGCUGGAGGACGCAGCGACGGCGCAGCUACGGAUUACUUCCUACCUCUUGAUCGACCUCUGCGGGCACUGAAGUGCAUCCAAGAAGGAAAGCCAAUCACACGUGGUACAAUACAAUGUCAGUGGAUGAUCAAGCCUUUUGACGAGUGCAGAAGACUUGGCUUGACUUCAGACUGGGAGAGCGCAGUACGGAAAGGGUUUCCCAAAGAAACUGGUAUGUUGGUGGCUGAAAUCGUCUUACCAGAAGGCCCAUCGGACACCAAGAUCGAGGAAGGUGAUGUUCUGAUUAAAGUCAAUGGAGAGUUGCUCACGCAAUUUGUCCGGCUCGACGAUAUCCUUGAUUCCAGUGUUGGCGAGAGCGUCAAGAUCUUGGUUCAGCGUGGAGGCGAGGACAUGGAAGUGGAGGUUUCAGUGGGCGAUCUUCAUGCAAUUACCCCAGACCGGUUUGUCUCAGUUGCAGGGGCCAGCUUUCACAAUCUGUCUUAUCAACAAGCACGAUUGUAUGCGGUGGCUUGCAAAGGCGUCUUUGUCUGUGAAGCUACUGGAUCGUUCCGAUUUGAGAGUACAGACAAUGGCUGGAUUAUACAGACCGUUGACCACAAGAAGACUCCAGACCUCGAUGCUUUCAUCGAAGUUAUGAAAGACAUUCCGGACCGCUCAAGAGUUGUUGUCACGUACAAGCACCUGAGAGAUCUUCACACUCUGAACACAAGUAUCUUGCACAUCGAUCGCCACUGGUCGAGCAAGAUGAGGUUGGCUGUUAGGAAUGACAUAACCGGCUUGUGGGACUUUACAGAUCUUGCCGACGCUCUACCUGCUAUACCUCCUGUCGCACGAUCUGCGACCUUCAUUCAGCUUGAAAACACUCAGCAUCCGGCAGCUGCUGAUGUCGUGCGUAGCUUUGUGAGGAUUAUGUGCCAGAUGCCCGUCAAACUCGAUGGCUUCCCUCGAAACAGGAAAUGGGGUAUGGGUGUUGUCAUUGAUGCAGAGAAGGGUUUGGUGGUUAUCUCGAGAGCAAUCGUACCUUACGACUUGUGUGAUAUCACGAUUACAAUUGCAGACUCUAUCCAGGUGGAGGGCAAAGUUGUAUUCAUGCACCCGUUGCAGAAUUACGCCGUCAUCAAAUACGACCCUUCCCUGGUGGAUGCCCCAGUUCAGAGCGCCAAAUUGAGCACAACUCAUGUCACUCAAGGUGCAUCGACUUACUUUGUUGGCUUCAACCAGAACAUGCGGAUCGUCAUCGCGCAGACCACAAUCACGGAUAUUACUGCUGUUGCCAUCCCUGCGAAUUCAGGUGCUCCUCGAUACCGAGCUGUCAAUGUUGAUGCCAUUACAGUUGAUACCAGCCUCAGUGGCCAGUGUGGAAGUGGAGUAUUGGUUGGAGAGGACGGAACUGUGCAAGCAUUGUGGUUGACCUACCUUGGUGAACGUUCGCCGAUCACUCAGAAAGACACGGAUUAUCACCUUGGUCUUGCAACUCCAACACUUCUGCCUGUCAUUCGACAAAUCCAAAGUGGUGUCCAACCCAAGUUGCGAAUGCUCAGUGUCGAAUUCAGCGCCAUCCAAAUGAGCCAAGCCCGAAUCAUGGGUGUAUCCGAAGAGUGGAUCAAGAAGGUCGCAGAAGACAAUGCGUCACGACAUCAACUCUUCAUGAUUCGCAAAAGAACCUUUGAGCGUGGCGAGGAACAGAAGGGUCUGAUCGAAGGAGAUGUUAUUCUUUCCUUGAACGGCAAGAUCAUCACCAGAGUCUCUGAGCUGGAUGUUAUGUACGACCACAAAGUUCUUGAUGCCAUCAUUAUUCGUGAUUGUGUCGAAUUGAAGGUCAAGAUUCCCACGGUUUCAGCAGAUGAUUUGGAGACCGAUCGGGCAAUCAGCUUCUGUGGUGCUAUUUUGCAUAGACCUCAUCAUGCUGUCCGACAACAAAUCAGCAAGCUUCACAGUGAAGUGUAUGUCUCUGCUCGUACGAGAGGAAGUCCGGCUUACCAAUAUGGUCUUGCUCCAACGAACUUCAUUACUCAUGUCAAUGGGAAGCCGACGAAAGAUCUGGAGUCAUUCCUCAAGGCUGUGGUGGGAAUUCCCGACAAUACUUACUUCCGUCUCAAAGCAAUGACCUUUGACAAUGUACCUUGGGUCAUCACCAUGAAGAAGAACGACCAUUAUUUCCCCACAAUGGAGUGGAUCAAGGAUGCGGCCGAGUCUUGUGGGUGGCGUCGUGUCACUUACGAGCAAGGAAAGGCAGUUCAAGGCGAGGGCCACGAUGGAAUCAACGUUAUCGCUGGUGAUACCUUCGAUAUGGAUGAGGAUGUUGGUGGAAUAUAA